UUUUCAAAUACAUUAAUGAACUAAUCAAGAAAUCGGACAAAUAAAAAAGUAGGAACAAUAAUACAAAUAAUUUUUUAAUUGAUAGCUUUUGUCGUGUUAAUUAUAUUGCUGUUUUAAAAUUACUUAACUUAUACAAAAGAAUUUAGUAUGGAAACUCUACAAUGCUAAAUAAAGUAUAAUGGGACUUAAGUAUGCUUAUUAGGAGGUGAAGUAAUGAUUAACGAAAAAAUAAUCCCCUCUGAAUGUGAGGAUAUACAUUUAUGUAAUACAAUUUUAGCUGCUUUCCCUAUAACAAUAAUUGCUAUUGUACUAAUAGGAAUAUCAAUAAUAACAAUAAUAUUAUAACAAACAAAUUUACCUUUAAAUGAAAAGACUCUCAGCUUAGUGUCUCUGGUUUUAGUUAUGAUUUCUUCUAUACCAUUAGUAGUAAUAGCUUUUAUAUUAAUCAAUUCUAAUGUUAACUGGUGGGUGAUCUUGACUUAAUUUGUGAGUGCAUUUUUAAUUUUACUUUCAAAUAUUUUUCCAAAAAUUGGAUAAAGAUAAAAAGAAGAAUAAUCAUCUGAAAUAAUCAAUCAAGAAUUAUUGAAAGCUGUAGAAAUUAAGUAAUAUACAAUGCAAUGA